AUGGAUUCAAGGCAUCCAUAUAGCCAGGCCUCUGGUCCAUAUAGCCAGGCUUCUGGUUCAUAUAGCCAGGCCUCUGGUUCAUAUAGCCAGGCCGCUGGUCCAUAUAGCCAGUCCUCUGGUUAUGUAGGCCUCCUUCAGAGCCAAAAUAUCUCGUAUGAGAGUUUUGCCUCUGAAAUUCCUCAUUUCAGUUCACAACAAGCCGACGCUCCAACUCCACCUGUGGACCGUAGGGAGAGAAGGAAGUGGACACCAGCCGAUGACGAGCUCCUAAUAAGUGCAUGGCUAAACACAUCUAAGGAUCCUAUUGUGGGUAAUGACCAAAAGAGCGGGACCUUCUGGGAUCGAGUAAAAGAUUAUAUUGCAGAGACUGGUCGUGACAAGAGAGCAUUCCUCCAUUGUAAGCAAAGGUGGCACAAGAUCAAUGACCUGACUAACAAGUUCUGUGGUGCACAUGCGGCUGCAGAGAGACAAAUGACGAGUGGGCAGAACGACAAUGAUGUUCUCAAGAUGGCUCAUGACAUCUACUUCUCUGAUCACAAUUCCAAAUUUACUCUUGAGCAUGCGUGGUGUGUCCUGAGGUAUGAGCAGAAAUGGCUUAGCCUUAACCCUCCUAAACCUACUGCCAGUGGAAAGAGAAAAGUUGGUGAGACAGAUUCCCAAACUUCAGCCACCAAUGUUGCUGAUCCUGAUGUCAGGCCUGAAGGUGUGAAGGCGGCAAAAGCUAGAAGAAACAAAACUGAAGGGAAGUCUCUAGCAGACUACGCAAGCAUUUGGGAAAUGAAGAAGGAGGAUUUGGCAACGAAGGAGAAACUAUCCAAGCUGGCCAUACUCGACAGUCUCAUUGCGAGAAAAGACACACUGAGUGAGGCUGAAGAAGUCGUGAAGAACAAGCUGCUGGCCCUGUAUUUUUGA